GGCCUUUCGGCGUGGAAACUUGCUCCUGUGCACUGCGCCACAAAGCACGGGAUUGUAGCCUUUACUAGAAGUAUUUCAAAUGUGAGUAUGUCUCUGAAAUGUUGUAACAGAACAUUUUUUUUUCUUUUUGAGUAACUGUCAAUGUGUUGAGAAAAAGGCAGUUCCCAUCUGAUUUGCUUUCAAAUUGCUCCCGCUUGAUGAUUGGUUAAACUAAAACGUGCAUUUGAACCAAUCAAAUGAAACCACUACAUCAGAUACAUUUAAAAGCACUACUUUAUCCUUACGUUCAGGCCUACCGCGUAAAUUGUCCACCGAGAACGGACUCUUUUCAAAGUGGAUGAAUAUGACUUCAAUUUAAAAUACCUGCAUUGCGUUUUAGUCUGAAUGGAAAACUUUUUUGCAGAACGUAACUUUUUGAAAACACUGACGUCUCCGGCAACGUUGCGUUUCCAGAUUUAUAGACAUUUGUUUGCACUUCUACAGCAAAUGUGUGGACGAAAAACAUUUCAUGCGUCAGUGUGCACGGGGCCUAAGUUAAAACAAACAAAAAAUGCUCACUCUGUGCUGAAAUUUGACAAGAACUGUACCUCUUCAAUCCCGUUUACACCGGUGCGGACAAAUUGGCUCAAUUUAGGUUUCAGGGAAACUGCCCGCCAACCCCUCCCCUAAGCCAUCAUUUUGCCCUAAGUGAGAAGUAAGUGUUAAUGUUACCUUAGGGGAGGGGUAGGUGGGCAGUUUCCCAGAUACCUAAAUUGAUCCGACAAAUUCUUGAAGGGACGAAAAUUUCCCCUGUACAACAGGUUUGUGAGCACGGAACCGGGCAAAUUUUGUCACAGAUUGCUGUACUGUUUGCCGUUCAAAUACUUGCACAGAUCCGCGGGUCCCAUGUAAGCGAAAGGCGGGUUUUUCCUUUCAAAAAUUUGUCCGCACCCAUGUAAACGGGUCUUAAGAAAGGGUGUUAAUUACAUUUGUAAGGAUUGGUUCAGUCGGUAGAGCACUUUACGACAGAGCGGGAGGUCGCGGGUUCGAUUCCCGAGACCGGAGCAAUACUCAGGGUCUUAAAAUAACUGAGAAAUGAAGGUACCCCCUUUGCACUGCAUCUAUGGCUGGACCUUCGCUUGGCUCAGAUGACCACGUAAAUAUGACGCUCCUGUCAGAAAUAGUGUCCCCAGUUAGUACUUUCGCCCUAAAUACAUUAACACUCAAAUAAAGCGCUUUUUUUAUAGCCGUCACUUUUACUCGCUGAAAUUGUUAAUUGUUUUUUUGCCUUCAAGACAAUUGCGACGGCUAUACGCGUGUACUGCAAGCGAAUACACCCUAAGAGUUAACGAACAUUAUUGCCUCUAAAGAACCAUUUCGUUUCUUUUUGUCAAUGAAGGCAGCUAUGAGAGAUCAAGGAAUCCGUGUGAACUGUAUCUGCCCUGGAAGAACGGACACUGAAAUGGACCUUCCUAGACACAAACUAAGAAAGGAGGGAAUUGAAGCACAAGAUAGCCUCCCCAAACAACCGUAAGUUUAAUUGAAUUAGUUUAAUUCAAUUUUUUUCUAGCUGUUCCUUGCGUUACUUUUUGGUUUGUUUUUCCUAUGCUGGAAAUAACUAUAUUUUGAAACAUUUAAACUUGAUUAAAUAGUACCAUUAACCCGUUGUGGAAGUAUAUAAGCCAACCCCUAACCGUAAAAGCCGCCACCUCAUCAUGCCACUCGUAUGCGCAUGCAUAGAGAGUUCUUCGGGUCUAUGCUUCAGUACCGCAGAGAACAGAACACAGAAGCUUCUACUGAAAAAGGUCAUAAAACGACUCUAAAGUAAAAAGUUUCACACAACGUGAAAAUGUUUAACUCUAGGAUUGAGAGCUUUGGUAUAAUCCUAACUUUGUCUUUUGUUCUGCUUUGUUUUGUUUUUAAUAGGAUUUCUGCUGUUACCAAGGGCAUCAUCGAACUGAUUGAGGACGACACUAAAAUAGGAGAGGUUUUAGUUGUGUGUGAGACGGAUGGAACCAAGUACAGCUGUUUU